AUGACAGUGAAGAGGAGUGAACUCCCUGCCACGCCACCUCAGAACGAAGAUCCCCCCGUUCCUGUGCACCCCACGGCUCGUAUCAUGACAGUAAAGAGGAGUGAACUCCCUGCCACGCCACCUCAGAACGAAGAUCCCCCCGUUCCUGUGCACCCCAUGGCUCGUAACAUGACAAUGAAGAGGAGUGAACUCCCUGCCACGCCACAUCAGAACGAAGAUCCCCCCGUUCCUGUGCACCCCAUGGCUCGUGAGAUGGAACCCACAGACGCACCUGUCAUCAACCCUCCACCUUACAUCUUCCUCCAUCCAUCCAUCCUUCACUCACUCGCUUUAUCCCUUUAUCCAGGUAUCAUGACAGUAAAGAGGAGUGAACUCCCUGCCACGCCACCUCAGAACGAAGAUCCCCCCGUUCCUGUGCACCCCAUGGCUCGUAACAUGACAAUGAAGAGGAGUGAACUCCCUGCCACGCCACAUCAGAACGAAGAUCCCCCCGUUCCUGUGCACCCCAUGACUGUUCCAUAUUGUGCAUUUUCAUUUUAUAAAAUACACAUUUGUAUUUUACCGAGAAGGUUCGCCAUCCGCCACACGUGGGGGAACGAGACCAACGUGCCGGGUACUGUCAUCAAAACGGUGUUCGCGGUGGGGAAACCGGGCAACGCCUCAACACAGCGCGGUCUCGAGUACGAGAACAAGGUUUACAAGGACAUCAUUCAGGAGGACUUCGUCGAUUCCUAUAAAAACUUGACCCUGAAAACCGUCAUGUGUAUGAAGUGGGCCUCGGAGUUCUGCCCGUACGCCAAGUUUGUCAUGAAAGCGGACGACGACGCCUUUGUGAACAUGUUUAACUUAGUCAGACUUCUGAGAUCCAAGAUGCCGAAGGAGUUUGUAACAGGGCAUGUUUACACCGAAGCAAAGCCGGAUAGGAGACCUGACAAACGUUGGUACCUAAGUGAGGAAGAGUAUCCCAGGGAAACCUUCCCGAAAUAUCCCUGUGGAUUUGCUUACGUCAUGUCUUAUGACGUCACAGGCCUGAUCUACGAGGUGUCGUUGACCUUGAAGUACCUGUUUCUCGAAGACGUGUUCUUGGGACUUUGUUUAGAAGGACUGAGCCUUCAGCCCGCGCAUGACGGACGCUUCUUUCCUUGGGGAUGGGCGCCUUGCGAAACAGCUGCCGUCGAACAUGUCAAAGAAAGGAUCGCUUCUCAUUGGUUAAAGACUUAUGACGCUAUGAUGACGGCGUGGCAAGACGUCACCAGUUGCUAGGCAACUAUAUACGACCGUCCCUUUAACGCCACGGAUCAUGUACCUUCGUGUGAUAUUUAUGAAUAUGCCAAAUUAGACCGUAAUCUGCAGUGCCGAUCGCCGUUGUGAACAUCAGUAAGGUUGCCGUCUUUUCGCGUUUGGGGAUAUCGCGAAGAGCUCUCGAAGGGGUCAGAACGUUUGAAGUUUAUUUGACUUUUUGUAACUGUUUUAUAGGAAGAGGGAUUUGCAUUUUUUUUCACAAACGAAACAGCGGGAUACGUCAAUGAAGGUUUGACGUCCAGGUAUCAAGAUGUGCCAAAUAGCACACAGCAACAG